UUUUAUCGAAAUCACAAUAUUCUAAUCAGUCAUUUUUUUGGUGUUUUUAUUAUUGUGCCGUCCCGGUAUUGCGCCAUUGAGAACGAAAUUGAUUUCGAUUUCACCGAAUUUGACCUGCCAGAAAUCAAGUUGAUUUUAUUUUAUCGUAAACAACAUCGUGGCAGCAAAGUAAACACAAACUAAAUGAGUGUUCAGUCAGUUAUUGAGGUCAAAUCAAAAACGUUAUCGUGUUUUCAUUUACGCUUUUCUCCAUUCAAAAACCAAGAAUCAAAAUAUGUGAACGAUCGCUUCGAAUUUUCUGAACAAUAAACAAAGUCGAGAAAGAGAGAGAGAGAAAAAACAAAACGCGAACAAUUGAAAAACAAAAUCAAAGCGAAAACAAAAUAAAACUAAAAUCAAAAACCAUGAACUAUAACACAAUUUCGCCAGUGUUGCUAACAGUACGAACAAUGGCGGCUACUGCGUCCCUGGCAACCAAUUCAACAGAAUCAGCAGGUGAUGCAAUUGCAGUAUAUCCAUUCGAUAAAAGAGACUCGGACCUGGAAGCGAUCAUCUCGACCACAUCCCAACCGGACUACACAUCACCGUAUGAUCGGUACUCGGAGAUUCGUGAAAAUGUCGUUUUAUGGUCAAUAAUUGAUGGUUUACUAUUCAUAACAAUUGUUUGUGGAAAUUGUUUGACCAUUGCAGCCGUACAAUUGAGCCGACGACUGAGAAGUGUCGUUUCGAAUUUAUUCAUUUUGUCUCUUGCCAUAUCGGAUUUAUUGGUCGGUCUCACCAUACCGUAUCACUUAGCAUUUUAUUUGGAUGUAACAUUGGGCGAAUCACAUUUUGUGUGCAUCAUGAAAUUUUUCUUCAACAUUGUUGCGUGCUGCGUUUCCAUUUGGAAUUUGAUUGCGAUUGCAAUCGAUCGAUAUAUAGCCAUCGUCUAUCCAUUACAUUACAGCCGCUGGAUAACAAAACGUGUGGCAAUCACUGUGAUCAUGUUCGGCUGGAUAUCGGGCACCCUCUUGGGAGGUAUUCCACUUUUUUGGAACAAUUUUCACACAUCAACCGAAUGUGAAUUUGACGAAGUUCUACCACCAUGGUAUAUGGCUGGCAUUGUGACACCGGUAUUCUCAUUAAUAUGGCUAUGCAUGCUCACGCUUUACUGGCGAAUAUGGAGAGAAGCAUAUAAACACGCAAAACAACUACGGGCAAGCAUUUCUGGCUUACACGAAGGUGGACAUUCUGACUGGAAAAGUGUGCAGGUUGUUAUUUUGAUUUUGGGAUGUUUUACAAUCUGUUGGCUACCAUAUUUUGUCGUCGUAUGUUCGCAAAUCUUUCACUUUGCGGCAAACAGUUCACCAAUUUACUAUAAAGCAGCAUUUUCAUUGGCCAUGGCCAAUUCCGGAAUGAAUCCAGUCAUCUAUGCGUGGAAGAAUCGUACAUUUCGACGAGCAUUCACACAUUUAUUGCGUUGUCGAACACCCGAUUCGCAUGCUCUAAUCGACGAUGAAAAUGCACGCCAAAAUAUGAAACGAAAAUCAUCAUCAUUAGCGCCGUCACUAUCUGCACCACCACCAACACCGAAUAGUGUGAUUUCAGCGACGCCACCACCAAUCAAUUAUCCCGACUCUUAUCAUCAUCGUUCUUCAUUGCAUCGAUACCAUCAUGGAUUUACCGCAUUUCCUUUGCCACCACCACCACCAUCUCCCCAGUCGCCCGUUCAAGAACCAAUGGAAACCAUUGUCAUUGCUCCAAAUGUGAAAUGCGUUUUCGAUUCACCAAACGAAGCGGAUACUGACAUUGAAAAUAACAAUGACGAGCAGCUGAACAACCACUUGUACUUGCAUCCAAGUAUAAAUCGUUGGCAAUCGUUUAGUAAAAAUCAUCACAUCAUCAUGGACGAUGACAUAUUGAAGACAGAAUUCAAGAAUUUCAAUAAUAAUGAAUUGUAUUUGCAUCGUUUGACCACAACCAGUCCGGCUGAUUCAGUUGUAUCGGCACCAUUAACGCCAACCGGAAAUUUGAUUGUAAAUAUUCUCGGUAAUUUGGAGAACCACUCAAAUACAACCAAUAUAAUGAAUCGCAAAAACUAUCGAAACAGCACGAAUUGUGUAAUUGGACGAAAUUCAAUGGACGGAACAAAUACACCGAUUGCGAUACAUAAUUCAAAGAAUAAAUUGCCCACUGUUGCGCUCGCCGAACAACGAUUUAAUGGUCAUACAAAAACCAUUCCAAUUCCGAUCACAUCGAAAACAUCGCCGAAUGGUACCGUUCAAUGUGUCACCAUUUCCAUCAACAAUAAUGAUACAAUUGGUCAAGGCGACGAUCAACAUCAACAUUAUAAUUCAAUCAAAUCAAAUAAUUUGUACUGUUAUCGGGGAUAUAGUUUGAGCAGCAGUGCACCACAAUCGAUUAAUUUCUGGAGUGGACCAACUUAAAUGGAUUUUUUUUUUUUGAAAACAUACCAUCACUAGACACUACAAUGAAAUAAACUAGUACUAAAACUAUACGUACACAGGAUCGACUCAUGGAUUUCUCCAAUGAAAAAUCGAUGGUUUCAUUCCAUUUUGAAUCUGAUUAUCUCACAUGGUGACUGUUCUUUUACACAACAAACAGGUUUCGUAAUGAUUCGCAGGAAAAUCUCCAACACAAUGGAAUUCUUUUUUGGAAAAUCGUCUUAAACAGAACCGAAUCAAUUCACAUUCACUAUUUGUUGCAUAGAUUUUUAUUCCAAUCAGAAACAGAGUUGAAGCUUUAAUAAAACCUGAAGAACGGUCGAGAUUCUGAGAGCCAAACCAGUGCUGUGCAUCGACAUUCAUUGAUUUAUUGGUACAAUAAAAAUGACUGUAUACUGUCGCAUACUGUGAAUAAUGAAUGACGUUGCUUGCUUAGCUCUUCGAAAAGUCGAACAUUUCUUGGAAAAUUGUUGACGCAACACUGAGCUUUUUAGUGUAGCCAAAUUGGAAGACGGUGCACAAUGACAAAUGUAGAUAGAAAUAGUUAAGAAAAUCUUCGAAUCGUUUAGAUAUUUUUUUCCAACGAUUUUUUUUUCUCUCUUGCUAGGGUUUUUACAAAAUCCACAAUGAAUAGAAUUUAUUUUUCUCUUAUAAAUUUAAAUUUUUAAUGAGUUAACGGAUAAGAUGGAUAGAAUAUAGAAAAGAAUGUACAACAAAGUUAAUUUUUUUUCUGUUCAAUGUCAGUAUUGUGGUAUUUUAAAGCAACAUGUUCCUUAUAAUAAGAAAACUUUUUCAACUAUUCCAAAUUUAGAACGAACACAAAAUUAAUGCCAUUCAAUUAUUCUUCCUACUUCGGGCGAUUAAACUCGAUCUCUUUCAAUUUUGCUAUCCUAAAAAAAGCACAGACACACACACAUAAGUUUAAUCUAAUUUCAACCGGAAAGAAAGAGUGAUUUUUCCAUGAAGACGAAGAAAAAUUGAAUAAAGUUUUCCAGCCAAAUUGAACAUUCAUAACACAGAAGUAGAUACAUUUUCCGAUUAAAUAUUUAUUCAUAGUGUGUAAAAGCAUUGUAUAAGUUUUUACUGUGUAAUUCAUUUCGAGAAUUGUAGAGAAAAAAUAUAUGGGAAAACAGACAACGGCGACUGGGAAAUCAAAAUAGAAUGCACGAGAUGUAAUUUAUUUUAAUAAAACUAAGUUUAUAUGUAAAUUACCUGUGAUAUAAUGUUAGAUGUUUAGAUAUAUACCGUAUAAUAUGAGGCAUUGAAUGAAAAUGCAGAUCAACUCGAACACAUUUAUGUGAAAAUGAAUGCAUGUAACCAUUAAAUGAAUUAAUUUUAUGCCAUGUAAAUGUUACAAAUGAUAAAUUCAUCUUCAUGUUACCACCACCCUCUCGCUCAUUCUCUCUCUUUCUCACACUCACUCAAAAUAAUAUUGAAACAAUCUAAAUGAAAUUCCAAUUUUGAGUGUGUGUGUGUUUUUUUUUUCUUUUCAAAUACACACAGACCUCAUCCACAACAGCAUACAGGGCUUGCAGCAUAUAUGCAUUUAAGAAGAAUUGUUUAUUUGAUAUUGUUCAAGAAUGAAAACAUUAUAUCUAUUAAGUAUUCAAUAGUCUGGUCCAUUCGAAUUUGGUAUAAGCCGUAUUAAUAUUGUCAAAGAAAAUAUACAAAUAUAAAUUGGUAUUGUCGUUGAUGCACCAAAUGUAAAACCAUAUGCCAAACAAAGAAGAUAUUUUUGAAGCAAACAAACACAGAUAGAAGGAGAGCGAGAGGAUUCGAGAGACAGGCAACUUUCGAAUUAGCGUCGAAUUCCAAUGAAUCAUGUGUGGAUAAAUAAAAAUUUACCAAUGGCACACACGCAGAAAAUUCAUUCAAUUUCACAGCAGUGGCAACAACAGAGCUUGUUGCUUUGAUUGGCUUGACUGUGAUGAAAAAUUGAUUUGAUUUAUUGAAGCAAGUACAAAUGGAGAGAGUUCUGUGUCAGGAAUUUUCCGCUUGAUUCAGUAUGCAGUUGUGUCGUUUGAUUCAUAUUAUCCAUUAUCAAUGUCAAAUACACAGAGACACACAGACUGUGCGAACGCACCAAUGAACUGUUUGCUUUCGUUUAAAAUCCAGUUUCGAUGUUGAAAUGAAAAUUGCACACUCACAAUGAUUUCCCACAAUGUUGUCCAUCUCUCCAGACACAAACGAAAUUUAGUACCAAAUAAAAAAAAUCCAAAUAGAUGUGUAUAUAUGUAUGUUAAACAAGAGAAGAUAAUGUCAACAACAAAAUAUUGAAAAUGUUGUUGAAUUUAUCGAACCAAAAUUUUUAUUACUAUCUGUGUAUAAAAAAAAAUUACUAUAAUAUAUCAGAAUGAGUUUGAAAGGCAGAACGAAGAAGAAACAGCACACAAAAGAAAUGGAAAAAACGAAUUUCAAGAGAUUUGUUAUUUGUGAUUGUAAAAGUAUAUUUGUUAGAGGCAUGAAAAUGAUGCACUAUUGCAUAUUGUGAAGGAUUUAACCCAUGCAUACCAAAGAAAAAUCGAAUUGUUUUUGUGAUAUGAAAAUUGAAUGAUUAUACGAACCAAACAAACAAACAUUAUGAUAAUAAA